ACGCUGGUCUGAGAGAAGAGAACUUGAUGAGCUCAACCAUCGCCCUGUAGAGCCUCUCUAAUGCAGCAAACUGAACAAUCUUACUGAACUCACGUGUGCACUCCUGCUUUUAAGAUUUUUAGGUCGAUCCCAUGUGGGUGGUUGAAAAGAUUCGUGUGUCAGUAGAGAGAACCAAUCUGCUACUUCCAGUGACGGAAUACAGCUUCAAAAUUGGCGACAUCAUGUUUGGUGAAAAGGCACCUGCUGAUAAACUCAAGAAGGUCUCCCUGUGUCCCAAUAUCAUCACUCCAGACACCAUCCCUGAGUUCUGCAUCCCGCCUAAAAUCUCAACCCCACUGGAGCAAGGGAAAUCAAGCCCUUGUAUCAGAGUUCCACCUGAGAGAGGCAGCCCAAAGAAAGAGAUGCCCUCACGAGAGCCAGUCAACACCCACAUCAUCCAGGUCGAGAGUGUGGAUGACGGGCCAUAUGACAACACAUGUAGUGACGAAGAGAACACCAACGCAGACCCUCAGAGCCAGGCUGCUCUCUCCCUGCCUCACCUGGCCAAAGCCCAGACCUGCUAUGGCUUCUGCACGCUGUUGGAGAGCCCCCACACCAGACGUAAGGAGUCCCUCUUCCACAAUGACCCCAGUUCCUGUGGGAUUCCCUUGGUUCUGCCCCGGAGCAGGUCCAAUACCUGCUCUAGGUCUUCUACUCCUCUUUCUCCCUCCCCCUCACCCUCAUCCUUCAGCCUGCAUACUUUAACCUCCAGACUCUCCCCAAAGAGCUUCACCCUGCAUAGGCAGGGUACACUCGAUAGUGACACUACAUCUUCAGCAGAAUCUUCCCCUUUUAGCUCACCUCUUCUGGCUAGAUCACCACCCAAAUCAUCCCUGUUCAAAACACUUAGCCAUGAGAAGCUGCUCUACCGCAAUAUCCGGAAGGCCGCUGUAUCCAGGAACAACUCCCUAUCAACGGAUGAAGGCAGCUCCACAGAUAACAGCCCUAACGUCAUGAGAAGAUCGUCAGAGGCCCUCGUAGAGCCUCUUUCUUGCAGCUUUGGCCUGGCACCUCCUGCCAUCUUCCCCAUGGACUUGAUUCUUCACAGAGAACGGGUGAUGAAGGAGAGCCUCGUGCCUGUCGGCAGGGAUGGAGCCCUGCGGGUAUCAGCAGAAUACUGUCCAGAGAACCAGAGGCUACGGGUCAGACUCAUCAGCGCAGAAGGCCUUUACUCUCUUUCUGUAGACCCUAAGAGCAUUAACUGUAGUGUUAGCCUCUCUCUCGUGCCUGGAAAGGUCCAGAAACAGCGCAGCACUGUCAUUAGGAAGAGCCGCAACCCAAUCUUCAAUGAGGACUUUUUCUUUGAUGGCAUAUCUGAGGAAGAGCUCAGUCAGUGGUCAUUGCGGUUUAAAGUGGUCAACAAAAUGUCCACCAUGAAGAGAGACUAUAUUUUGGGCAGUUGUGAUCUUCCUCUUUCCAGCAUUGUCACCUUAUAAGAAACCAUGCUUGUCUUCUCUAUUUAUUUGACUUGUCAAUGUUGAUUAUUUAUUUACAGUUUAUAUGAUGCCAAAGAUUUUGUUUCUAUUAAAAG